CCAUCCAGCUAUCAUGCUUUGUUGUUUUUUUUUAACCAAGAUUACAUUCAGUGCAGUGAGCCAGAAGCUGACUAAUGGCUUGAGAGUAGUUGAGGAUGUGCUAAGGUUUUUGUGACGGAGGGAGUCACCUGAGAGAAUGCUCCUCAUCUCUGCUAUAUAAGGCCGAGCAGACGGGGAGGAGACCACGAAGAAGCUCCACGAGCAGGAGAGAAGAACGAUAGCAAUCAGCGCCAAGCAAGAUCCCUCUCUUAAACAAUCUGCACAAAAGAACACAGGCAGCUUAAACAAUGAAAAGUGCUCAGUCUCUUGCUGGACUUAUGCUCCUUAUCAUCAUCCAAAGCAGUUGGCAGGUGCCUGACCAGGACACAGACCGAACACCGCUAUUGUUGAGUGAAAACUCAAUUUUAAGUGAUCCCAGUGAGUUCCCAAACAUGAAGAGGCACUCAGAGGGAACAUUUUCCAAUGACUACAGCAAAUACCUGGAAACAAGAAGAGCCCAAGACUUUGUCCAGUGGCUGAAGAAUUCAAAAAGGAACGGGAGUUUAUUCAGACGCCAUGCAGACGGCACCUACACCAGCGACGUGAGCUCUUACCUGCAGGACCAGGCAGCCAAAGAGUUUGUCUCCUGGUUGAAGACCGGCCGAGGCAGAAGAGACUAAACUCCUCAAGCGGUUGUCGUUCUUGUGAAACGAUGCAGCUGUUUUCCACUGAUUCUGUGCAAUUACAUGUGUCACGACCUGUACUACACUUUCUUCUGGUAACACAAUUAAAUGUGUCUUCACAAGAAGCCUUAGUGGCCUUCAGUGGUUGAAGGAGAUACUUUUAGAAAUAUCGGGGGGGGGGGAAACAAACAAAAAAAAAACAUGUAAAUGACAAAUGUGGUUGGAAAUUUUAUGGAGAAUUAGCUGAUUAUAUAUUUGAUCAUUUUUCUUAUUCACUUGAAUUUUUAGAAUUUAAAUUAUGUUGUUGGUCCAAACUUCACAUCUAGCAUUAAACUACACUUUCUUGCAGUUUUCAAUAAAGAAAUGUGUACAAUU